CCCGCGAUGGACUGAGGUCCGCACCAACGCCUGUUAUUAAAACCAAGGAAACACCGUUUUAUUCGCGUUAAAAUAUAUGUAGGCUCUACUAAUUUUGUUUUCCAUCGCUCAGAGAACAUUAUUUUUUCGGAGUAAAGCGGAACUAUUUUGUUUUUUGAUCGUAAUAGUACUCAGCCUUUACGUUUGACUGGUACUGGCGUUAGUGGCUAAAACUCUCAAAAUACACCCCCUAAAACUGUGCACUACAACACCGAAGCUAUGAAUAAACGAGAAGGUGAGGGGUGUUCACGGAGAAAUGCAGAUGCAGCGCAGGAGCACGAAAUGAGUGCCAACCCCUCCUCAUCUGUCAUGGCUGCCUUCAAAGUUUUCCAACAGGAGCUCGACACCAAACACGACAAAUAUGAGCGUCUUGUUAAGAUUAGUCGCGACGUCACAAUUGAAAGCAAGAGAACCAUAUUUCUUCUGCACAGAGUGACCACUGUACCAGAUGCAGAGGAUGUCCUGAACGAGGCAGACAUAAAGCUGGAUGGAGUCAGGCAGAAGAUUGGGCAGAUUGCUGAGGAGUUGAAAGGAGAGGAUAUUUAUCAGUUUCACAGAGCCUUCACACCAGGGAUUCAGGAAUAUGUGGAAGCUGUCUCUUUCCUGCACUACAUCCGCCAUCGCUGCCUCAUCAGCUUGGAAGAGAUCAACGCCAGGCUGGUGUUCAUGAACACAGAGAAGGCAGAUCCUAAGGGCUCAGCUGAAGCGAUGCCGGUGAACGCUCAGGUCCUGACCUUUCAGGUGACGCCGUCCGACUACCUGCUGGGCGUGGCCGACCUAACAGGGGAGCUGAUGCGGAUGUGCAUCAGCAGCGUCGGCAAUGGCGACAUUGACACGCCCUUCCAGCUAAGCCAGUUCCUGCGGCAGAUCCACGACGGUUUCUCCUACAUUGGGAACACGGGUCCAUACGAGGUGUCCAAGAAGCUGCACACGCUGCGUCAGAGCCUGGGCAAAGUAGAAGAUGCGUGCUACACCCUACGCGUCCGUGGCUCAGAGAUCCCCAAACACAUGCUGGCAGACGUGUUCUCCAGUCGGACCACACUCAUCGACCCCGAGGAAGGAGUGGUUUAAUCCCGCACUGCUUCAACGACGCUCUUCUCUGUGGUCUCAUUGUCUGGUUUAGUUUGGCUCCAUUUGAUGUUUGUGUGCAUUUUUAAUGGGAUUUCACUGAUGUUUCUAGUGUUUUGUGACAUGCUUGUUCAUUUUUUAUUAUUACAAUAACAACAGUGUUACAAUAGACAAUGGAUUCUCUUUUGUUCGAUAAAGAUCUGAUGACUUCAGUUGUUCUGCAUGAAUAAAGGUUCUGUGCCAAAUAUGCCAUACUCCCUGAGACUUUAAGCGGCUUUGAAAAUAUGUGUUCAUUUUAUUUUCUCUCUCUCUCGCUGCCUUUCCCUCUCUCUAUCACACACAGAUAAUCUAAGGUAGACCCAUUGGCUGUCUGCACUCUUCAUUCAGUGUGGAGGAGGAACAUGUGACCUUUGCACACCCCUAUUCUCCAGCAGACACACACACAUACUCACAAACAACCCCUUGUCUCCUUCUUCUACCCUCUUUAAACACUCCGUCCCAGUGCAGUGACGUACACUUAAAGUGAGAUUUGGAACGAGAGGAGGAAUAUUCCUGGUAGAGUACUGAUAUCAUGCUUCACCUCAUGGUGUUUGUUAUUGUACGGUGACAAAUGAGCCACCAUGCUAAGAAAAUAAUGAUAGCAUAGUCUGUUGUUGAAAAUAGAUGCCUUUAUUCACGAUAGGGCCAAAA